AUGACUUACGGCGAGAUUGACCAGUUGGCCAUCAACACCAUCCGUCUGCUUGCAGUCGAUGCCACCUUCAACAGCAACUCGGGACACCCCGGUGCUCCCAUGGGCAUGGCACCUGUUUCCCACGUUCUCUUCAACAAAUUCAUGAAGUUCAACCCCAAGAACCCCAAGUGGUUGAACAGAGAUCGUUUCGUCCUCUCUAAUGGCCACGGCUGCAUGCUGCAGUAUGCUCUGCUGCAUCUCUUUGGCUAUGACUUGAGCAUUGAGGACCUCAAGAACUUCCGAAAAGUCGACAGCAAGACUCCCGGCCACCCCGAGGCCCAUGAUACCCCCGGAAUUGAAGUCACCACCGGGCCCCUCGGUCAGGGUGUGUGCAACGCUGUUGGUCUGGCCAUGGCCCAGGCUCAUACUGCUGCCAUCUUCAACAAGCCUGGAUUUGACGUUGUUGACAACUAUACAUACUGCUUCCUCGGUGAUGGUUGCUUGAUGGAGGGUGUCUCCAGCGAAGCUUCUUCACUGGCUGGCCAUCUUCAGCUCGGCAACCUGAUCUGCAUUUACGAUGACAACCACAUUUCCAUUGAUGGUGACACCAACUGUGCCUUCACCGAGGAUGUUGUCAAGAGAUACGAAGCCUACGGCUGGCAUGUCGAAGUCGUCGACGACGGCGACUCUGACCUCGCCGCCAUUGAAGCUGCCAUCAAGAAGUGCCAAGAGGUCAAGGACAAGCCUUCGCUGAUCAAACUCAAGACCACCAUUGGCUAUGGAUCGCUUCAGCAGGGUACCCACGGUGUCCACGGCUCUCCCCUCAAGGCCGACGACAUCAAGCAGCUCAAGCAGAAGUGGGGUUUCCCCGAGGAUGCCUUCCAUGUCCCCAAGGAAAUUUACGACCUCUAUGGCAAGCAUUCCUCCGAGGGUGCCUCCUACGAGGACAAGUGGAACCAGCUCAUGGCCAAGUACGCUGAGCAGUACCCCAACGAGGCUGCCGAGCUCAAGCGCCGCCAGACGGGUGACCUUCCUCAAGGCUGGGAAAAGAACCUGCCCGUCUACACUCCCGCCGACGCCGCUGUCGCUUCUCGCAAACUUUCUGAGACUGUGCUGAGCAAGAUUGAAGGCACCAUCCCCGAGCUCUUCGGUGGCUCUGCUGAUCUGACUGGCUCUAACCUGACCCGUUGGAAGACCGCGGUUGACUUCCAGCCCAAGGCUACUGGACUCGGAGACUAUUCUGGUCGCUAUGUCCGCUACGGUGUUCGUGAGCACGGUAUGGGAGCCAUCAUGAAUGGUCUCGCUGCUUACGGUACUAUCCUGCCUUACGGCGGUACCUUCCUGAACUUUGUCUCCUAUGGUGCUGGUGCUGUCCGUCUCUCCGCUCUGUCCCAGGUCCGCGUCAUUUGGGUUGCCACUCACGACUCCAUUGGUCUUGGAGAGGACGGUCCUACUCACCAGCCUAUUGAGACUUUGGCUCACUUCCGUGCCCUGCCCAACUGCAUGGUCUGGCGCCCUGCCGACGGUAACGAGACCAGCGCUGCUUACUACAUUGCCCUAACCUCAAAGCACACUCCCAGUAUCAUGGCUCUGUCCCGACAGAACCUGCCCCAGCUUGAGGGCUCCACCAUUGAGAAGGCCAGCAAGGGUGGUUACGUCCUGCAUGAGGUUCCUGGCGCCAACAUCACCUUGGUUUCCACUGGUUCUGAGGUUGGCAUCUGCGUGGACGCUGCCAAGUAUCUCGAAGAGAAGCACGGCGUCAAGGCUCGCAUUGUCUCCAUUCCUUGCUUCGAGGUCUUUGAUUCUCAGUCCAAGGAGUACAGACUUUCUGUGCUGCCUGAUGGUAUCCCCUCUCUGUCCGUUGAGGUCAUGAGCACCAUGGGUUGGGAACGAUACACCCACGAGCAGUUUGGUAUUAACCGCUUCGGCGCCUCUGGUGCCUACAAGGAUGUGUACAAGAAGUUCGAGUUCACCCCCGAGGGCAUUUCCAAGCGCGCCAUCGCCACGAUCGAUUUCUGGAAGGACGUCCCCAACAUCCGCUCUCCUAUCAACCGAGCUUUCCAGCAGCACAUCUAA